AUGAACCCACAAAGGGAGGCAGCACCCAAAUGCUAUGCUAUUCGUGAUUCUCGACAGAUGGUGUGGGUCCUGAGUGGAAAUUCUUUAAUAGCAUCUCCUCUUAGCAGCAGCAUUAAGCCUGGUUCCAACCGUUGCUACCUAUGUCCUCAGAUUCAAACUCCAUCAUCUUUCCACCACCAAACCUAUCUUCAGGGCUCCCGAGAUAACAUAGGGAAGGACACUUUCUGGAACCUAGUUGGAAUUCACACAUGCAUAAACCUGGAUGUGAGCAGGAGCUGCUCCAUGGGAACCCUUGACCAAUGGGGAAUAGGAGUGGGUAGAAAGAAGUGGAAGAGUUCCUGUCAAUAUCACCAUCUCAGGAAGAACGACAAAGUUUUCCCAUCCAUGUGGACCAACAUAGGAAUGCCAGGAAGGAUGCAGAAAUAA